UAUCCUGUCGCUUACGGCUGCGUAUGUCCAAAUCAAGAAUACUACCCGUACUUUGAUUUGCAUAAUGAUUGCGUUGAACGUUGGUUGCUUGAUCAUCUUUUAUACACUUUGUCCCAUAAUUUUCUUUGCCUUUGUAGACCGUAGUUCAACCAAUGAACCAAACAGCGAGCUGAAACGAUGGCUGGAUUGGUCAUCGGCUGCCUGGCCGUGCAGCUCUCGCUGGCGUCUCUGCUGCUGUGCUCGUCCGCGUCGACGGCGCAGCACACGCUCGGCACCGGCUCCUCCCUGUCGGUGGCGGACCGGUCGCGGCCGUUCCUGGUGUCGCCGGACGGCACCUUCUCCUGCGGCUUCAUUCAGGCCGGCGACGACGGCGACAACGCCUUCUCCUUCUCCGUAUGGUUCACCGCCGCCAGGGACGGCGCCGUCGUCUGGACGGCCAACCCCGACGCCCCCGUGAACGGCAGGGGCUCGACGAUCUCGUUCCGCCACGACGGCGAGCUGGCCCUCGCCGACACCAACGGGACCACGGUGUGGGCGAGCCGGACGGGCGGCGGCGGGCGGGGCCUGACCGUCUCCCUCCGCGACACCGGGAACCUCGUCAUCGAGGACCCGUCGACCGGCCGCGCCGUGUGGCAGAGCUUCGACUGGCCGACGGACACGCUGCUCCCGUCGCAGCGGUUCACCAAGGACACCAAGCUCGUCGCCGGCUACUUCAGCCUCUACUACGACAACGACAACGUGCUGCGCAUGCUCUACGAUGGCCCGGAGAUCGCCAGCAUCUACUGGCCGUUGCCGGGGGUGAGCAUUUUCGACUUCGGCCGGACAAACUACAACAGCUCGAGGAUCGCCAUCCUCGACGACGCCGGCGUCUUCCGCUCCUCCGACAGGCUGCAAGCCCAGGCCUCCGACAUGGGCGUCGGCGUCAAGAGGCGGCUCACCAUCGAGCAGGACGGCAACCUGAGAAUAUACAGCCUGAACGCGUCCACCGGAGGUUGGGCGGUGACAUGGGCGGCGCUCAGCCAGCCGUGCCAAGCUCACGGGCUGUGCGGCAAGAACGGCCUCUGCGUGUACCUGCCGAGCCUCCGGUGCUCGUGCCCGCCAGGGUACGAGAUGAUCGACCGCCGGGACUGGAGGAAAGGCUGCCAGCCGAUGUUCUCCGUCGGCAACUGCAGCCAGCCGGCGGCGCCUGAGCGGUUCAAGUCUGUGGUGGUGCCCCAAACCGAUUUCUACGGCUACGACCUGAUGUUCAACGGGUCCUCGAUAACAUUCGAGCUAUGCAGGAACCAGUGCCUGAGCGAUUGCCAGUGCGUCGCCUUCUCCUACAGGUUCGACGGCGUCGGCAGAUGCUUCACGAAAGGCAGGCUUUUCAACGGCUACACGUCGGCGAAUUUCCCGGGGAACAUCUACCUCAAGGUGUCCAUCGACUUCGACGAAUCGUCGCCAUUGGUCAGCGCGCGGAGCGCCGCCGGCCUCACGUGCAAUCCCAACGUCUCCAUCGUGACAGUGCCCGCUGCCGUGUACGGGAUGGCUCCAAGAAACAGCGGGAAGUGGACCUACCUGUUUGUGUUCGCCGGUGUGCUCGGUGUCCUGGACCUCCUCUUCAUCGCGACAGGGUGGUGGUUCCUGUCCAGCAAGCAGAGCAUCCCCAGCUCGCUGGAGGCAGGGUACAGGAGGGUGAUGACGAGCCAGUUCAGGCGGUUCACGUACCGGGAGCUCAAGGACGUGACGGCCAACUUCAAGGAGGAGCUCGGCCGCGGCGGCUCCGGCGUGGUGUACCGCGGCGUGCUCGACGGCGGUAAGGUGGUGGCCGUGAAGAGGCUGGCGGUCGACGUGACGAUGCAGGGGGACGAGGAGUUCUGGGCCGAGAUGACGGUGCUCGGGCGGAUCAACCAUAUGAACCUUGUGAGGAUUUGGGGAUUCUGCUCCGAGCGCAAGCACAAGCUGCUGGUGUACGAGUACGUGGAGAACCAGUCGCUGGACCGGCACCUGUUCGACACGGCCGAAGGCGGCGGCGGCAUGUCGACGACGACGCUGGCGUGGAAAGAUCGGUACAAGAUCGCGCUGGGCACGGCGAGGGGCCUCGCCUACCUCCACCACGAGUGCCUCGAGUGGGUCAUCCACUGCGACAUGAAGCCGGAGAACAUCCUCCUGACGAGGGACUUCGACGCCAAGAUCGCCGACUUCGGGCUGGCCAAGCUGUCGAAGCGGGACGGCGGCGCCGGCGUGGAGCUCACCCACAUGAGGGGGACGUCGGGGUACAUGGCGCCGGAGUGGGCGCUGAACGUGCCCAUCAACGCCAAGGUGGACGUGUACAGCUUCGGCAUUGUGCUGCUGGAGAUCGUGGUCGGGAGCCGGGUGGCGGACCAGAGGACGGAAGCCGGCGAGCGGCUGCAGCUGCCGCAGAUCGCGCAGGCGCUGAGGCAUGUGCUGGACAGUGGCGAUGUGAGGUCUCUAGUUGAUGCCAGGCUGCAGGGGCAGUUCAACCCUCGUCAGGCCAUGGAGAUGGUGAGGAUUUCUCUGGCGUGUAUGGAGGACAGGAACAGCAGGCCGACCAUGGACGACAUCGCCAAGGCUCUCACGGCGUUCGAUGACGAGGACGAACACCCCGCUUACCGGUCAUGAUCAUCACCAGGCUAACCGUUAGCAUAGUUCAGCUUAGAGCAGCAGUCAGCUGUGAGUUUAAUUCAGCACUUGAAUUUCAAAUUUAAGGAUUAUGAAAUUCCGAAAAAUUGUAGUUAAGACUUCAAAUCGAGUAUACUCAGUAGAAGUACUAUAGUCAGUAUUGAGCUCCUCCCCAAAUAUUAAGCAAUCAGUUGACUGAAAAAAAAAAGAAAAAAAAAAGAAAAGCACUCCCAGAAUUCUUUGAAA